AUGCCAGCGCGCACGAAAGCGACACCCACCGCGACGAAAGAAUCCCUUCAGAAUAUCCUGCCAAAGAUCUUCGACCAGGCCCAGGGAUCCACAGCAAACCACCAGAAGAACUAUGUCGCCUUAUACAAGCUACAGUCCGACCUUGCUACACAUGUCGAGACAGUCAACCGCGGGAACGACGUGAAACUUGUGGGCGAACGGGCCUUUGAGGACGCGUUUCUGGACAUGAUCAACCGAAUAUUGCCCCUCAAGAAGGGAGUCACUCCGGCGGAUAGGAUCGUCAAGUUCGUUGGGGGAUAUGUCAAGUUCUUGAACGAGAAAGCCAUGGAAGACCGCAAGGGGCAUGAGGACGAGGACGAGGACGAAGAUACCACCGCAUCCCGUUUCACGGCGCGGCUCCUGAAGUACCUGCUCAAAGGUUUUCCUGCGAAAGACAAGGCCAUUCGAUAUCGCUCGGUUCGGAUAGUUGCUGAGAUGGUAUCCCAUCUCGGUGAGAUCGAUGAAGAUUCCUACAUCUCCCUACGCAGCGCCCUAUUCCAGCGCAUACAAGACAAAGAAGCACCUGUCCGUGUCCAGGCUGUGAUUGCGCUAUCAAAACUUUGCGGUUCGGAAACGCCCGAUGAUCUCGACGAUUCCGAGGAGCUCACGGCGACCGACCUUCUUGUGGAAGUUCUCGCGCACGACCCUGCUGCGGAUGUUCGCCGAGCAGCCUUGCUCAAUCUACCCUUGACUCCGGCUAACGUCUCCCCAAUACUGGCACGUACUCGGGACACGGAUCCGCUUAUCCGCAAAGUCGUGUACUCCACCAUACUCGAAACUCAAGCCACAUCACACGACAACGACGGCGCUGCUAUCAGCCCCGCACACCCCAGAGCGCUGACGAUAGAGCAACGUGAGCUGAUCGUGCGGAAUGGGCUUGGCGACCGUGAGGGCUCCGUCCGCGCUGCCGCUGCCAGGGUGCUCGGUACGUGGGUAGAUGUGGUGAGGGAUACUGGAUCUGAAGGUCGAGAGAAGGAUGGUGUUAAGAAGGAGGGGGGCGGUGGGGAAACGGGGCCCGAGACCGAGCAGGACCUCAUCGCGUUUCUGAAGAUGUUCGACUUGGUGGAGGGGGCGAUCGCCGAGGACGCGUUGCUGAGCGUGCUCACGACCCGAGUCGAUGUCUUCGAUUCCUUGGAAUUCGGCGAGAACUACUGGCGUGAGCUCACCCCGGAGAAAGCUUUCUUGGGCCGUGUCUUCGCUCAGCACUGCAUUUCGACCAACAAUGAGGCUCGACUCGAAGGAGCGCUACCAGUGGUUACCGCAUUUGCAUUCCAAAUCCAGGCCGCCUAUAAUGAUCUUCUCGAGCGCGUGCAGUUGCUAGCGGAAAGACGAGCCGUGGGCAAUGAGAUCGAAGAAGACGAACAGGAUGAGCAAGACGCAAAGGAAUUUAUUCUAGGCGAAAUGCUGCGUCUGGCGGUAGACCUGGAUUAUGGCGAUGAGAUCGGACGGAGGAAGAUGUUCCAACUCGUCCGUGAUAUGAUAUCGCAAGAACCGCUGCCUGACAGCUUGGUGACGCGCUGUCUGGAUGUCCUCCGCAAACUGUCCCCCAACGAGCGUGAUCUCAUUCGUCUAGUUGUCGAAGUCGUGCAAGAACUGCGUGAUCCUCCACUCGAGGAGGAAGAGGACGCUCUUCCUGAGGUUGACGCGGAGACGACGUUCGAGACUCCGAAGACUGUGAAGACGAUCAGACCCGAGAAGAAGAAGGAUGAGGAUAUGACGCCUGAGGAACAUGCAAGGAAGGACGCCAUGGACUUGCGCUGUCUGGAUCUGUGUAUUGGUAUGCUGGAACGCGUGAUGGGAACUUUCGAAGAAAAUUCCACUCUAGAGGGUAUUCUGGGCGAUCUGAUCAUUCCAGCGGUCAAGCGCAAGGAGAUGGUCUUCCGAGAGAAGGGGCUCAUCAGCUUGGGCCUCUGUUGUCUGAUCGCCCGGCGCAUGGCGCUCAACUCCUUUCAGCUCUUCCUCGGUCAAAUUCACGCUGCCCCUGAACCUCUCCGGAUGAGAGUCAUUCAAGUCGUUUUCGAUAUCAUGAUGGUGCACGAAGGUGACUUCCUUGGGCGGGGAAGUCAGAAUGCAGAACGCAUCGUCCCAUUCUUGCUGGAAGUGCUCAACAAGGAGGAGUCGGAGAAAGUGACGGCGUUGAUCGUCGUUGGUCUUGCGAAACUGGCGAUCUCAGGAAUGGUUACAGACGAGAGGGUCCUGAAAAGCCUUCUCCUGACAUACAUGUCGCCAGAGACAGCGGAUAAUCAAGAGGUCAUGCAGUGCUUGUCGUACUUCUUCCCCCUUUUCAUUCCCGUGUUCCUUGAUCUGGUCGAAUGGCAGAGAGAAGCGGAAGGCGAACAAAGCACCGUCGGACCCGCUCAGAUGGUCGUCAUGUUGAUUGAUUGGACUGACCCUCAGAAAGCCAUAGAAAUUCAGGGCCAGGUUGUAGACGAGCUUGUCCACGUUGACUUGGCUGGAGAGAUUCUGAAAGCUUUGUUUUCCAAAGAUCUCGAGAAGGAGAAUCGCAAAGUUCUCUGUCAAGUUCUCGGCAAAUUAUACCUUCCGGAGAUGGUAGACGAUGACAAGAUCCGGACCCUCAAGCUCCUCGUUCAUAAUCUUCGUCAACGCCGUCCCCUCAAGGACACCGCCGCUCAGAAUGCGAUUGCCAAGUUCGAGGCGGCGAUAACAAAGAAGUUCGAGAAACAACUUGAAGGCUUCGACGAGGACGAGUAUCGGCAACUAGAGCAACUGAAGGAGCUCUUCGAAUUCCUGGACGACAUCAUUCCCGACGAUGAUGAAGAAAUCGAGAUGCCCAAGAAGCGCGCAACAAGAAAAAGACGCUCCGAUAGCGUCGCUACGACUGUGUCGGCCGCCUCGAGCUCAGGGGAAACGGGAAACUCGGCGACUCCUGUACCGUCGAAAGGCAGAACACCGGGUCAGACGAAGGCGAAGCGACGAAAAGUCUCGAACUCUUCGGAUGACUCGGACGAGGAUACCACUGUCCAUUCUCCCCCGUUCUCCAGCGCCCCGAGAAGGUCGAUGCCCAGGCGUUCCGCGGCAUCGAAGAAGGUGCUGGCUGUGGAGUCGUCUACGUCGGAUGAGGAUGAAGACGAAGCUGAGGAGUCGACGCCCCCUGCACGUCAACGCAAGCCAGCCCCACAGAAGAAAUCAAGGGGUGUAGUCCAUCGAGUACAAGAGGACGAGUCGGAGGAGGGUAGUUCACCGUUGAGCGGGAGCGAUGGACCAGCCGACUCCAUUAUGGACUCCUCUUCUGAGGGAGAGUGAAGUUGCGACGAACUCCGAACAAAACAUGUUCUACGACCUCCGUCCUGUGCUUUCAUUUAUCGGUGCUUCACUACUACCCCAUGU